GUUUUCUUGUAGAAGUUAUGAGACUUUGGUAGGUCGACUGAGAUAGAUAAUAAUUUAUGUAAGCAAAGAUCAGAAAACGGUAAUUUGCAAGGCAUUCCAACAAAUCCUUACACUUCAUGCAAUUUCAUGUGCUCCCUUUUGUUAGUAUACAUAAGUGUCUAUUUUUGCAUUCUUCUAUUCAUUGAAUUCCUUUUACCAUUUCCCUCUCAGAACCGUAGACACAACCAACAAAUAAACCAAAAAAGUUCCAAUUUUUUUUUUGUUUUCCAAAUAUCAUUUAUGCCAAAAAAAAUGAAAUCUCGGUACAUUCUAUUAACUUUAUCUAUAGUCAUUGCCAUUAUAGCCAUUUUAGCAUCCCAAACUCUCUUUAGCACACCUCCUAGAGUCUUUAUACACAAUCCCUUCGAUAUUUUAUAUGGUAUUAAAGCAAUAUCAUAUUCAGCUAUAACAUCCGUUUGCAGCCACCACCAUCAUCAUCACUACAGGCCUAAUCAUCACCACCGCCGCAAACCAUCUCAUAGUAAAAAGAAAAUUUCAAUAUGCGACGAUUUUCCCAAAAAUUUACCUCCACCGGACACCGACACAACAUCCUAUCUCUGUGUGGAUAAGAACGGUUGCUGCAAUUUCACAACGGUGCAAUCAGCCGUGGACGCAGUCGGAAACUUUAGUCAGAGAAGGAACGUCAUUUGGAUAAAUUCCGGCAUGUACUAUGAAAAAGUGGUGAUCCCGAAGACUAAACCAAACAUAACGUUGCAAAGACAAGGGUUCGAAACCACAGCCAUAGCGUGGAACGAUACGGCCUACUCGGCUAAUGGCACUUUUUAUCGUGCCUCGGUCCAAGUCUUUGGUUCUCAGUUCCUCGCAAAAAACAUUAGUUUCAUGAACGUGGCACCAAUACCAAAGCCGGGAGAUGUAGGCGCUCAGGCGGUGGCGAUAAGAAUACCGGGAGAUGAGGCGGCGUUUGUAGGAUGUGGUUUCUUCGGAGCCCAAGACACUCUUCAUGACGAUAGAGGUCGUCAUUACUUCAAAGAUUGCUACAUUCAAGGCUCCAUUGAUUUCAUCUUCGGCAACGCUAAAUCUCUCUACCAGGACUGUCAGAUAAUAUCAAUGGCGAACCAAGUGAGUGCAGGGUCAAAGUCUAUCAACGGAGCAGUGACUGCAAAGGGCCGUAACUCGAAGGACGAGAACAGUGGCUUCUCCUUCGUCAACUGCUCAAUAGGCGGCACCGGUCACGUGUGGCUCGGUCGUGCAUGGAGGCCCUACUCACGUGUCAUCUUUGUUUCCACUUUCAUGACCGAUGUUAUCGCGCCUGAAGGCUGGAACAACUUCAAUGAUCCAUCUAGAGAUGCGACAAUAUUUUAUGGAGAGUAUAAUUGUUCGGGUCCAGGGGCUAAUAUCUCGAAGAGGGCACAGUAUGUUCAGAAGCUUAACGAGACUCAAGUUGCUCAAUUCAUUAACAUGACUUUUAUUGAUGGAGACCAGUGGUUACAGUAUUUCGAUAUUUAAAUGAAAUCAAUAAAUUAACAAAAA